AUGCGGCUAGUUGUUGUCGCCCCGGCGCACGGCGGCGGCGUAGGAGGAGGGCUCUGCUGCUGGUGCUGGUGCUGGUGCAGCAUCAAUGGCAAUGCUCUCCUUGCGGACUUGGCCGCCCUCCUUGGGGUUGGGGAUGAUGAGUCCGUAGCCGCCCUCCUUCCUCUUGUAGAGGAUGUUCACCUCGCCUGUGUCCUCGUUCCUGAAGGCGUAGAAGUCGUGGUCCACGUUCUGGAGCUGCUGCAGCGCCUCGUCCACGCCCAGCGGCGGCAUCUCGAACACCUUGGUGCGCACCACCUUGGCGAGCACCGUGUCCUCGUCCUCGGCGCCCACGGCCUGGGUCAGGUCUUGUUCUUGUUGGUGGUGCUCGUCGUCGGCAAUAAUGGCAAGGCCCCAGUCGUCGGCGUCCUUGAAAGCGCUGUGGCGCUGCACCUCCGUCUCCUUCUCCUUGAUCUUGCGGAGCUUGCGCUUGAUGAUGGAGGCGGCCAUGUCGAUGCUGGCGUAGGUGGAGUCGGCGUCCUCCUCGGCGCGGAGGACGCCGUGGCGCUUGCUGAAGAGCGUGAUCUCGCAGCGGGAGGUCUUGGGGCCCCUGCCCAGGUCGCCGCCGCGGGCCGACAGCCGGACGUCCACCUCGCGGACCAGGUGGCAGUGCUUCGACACCGCCCGCCCGACCUUGUCCUCGAUGUGCUCCUUCACCUUCUCCGACACCUGCAGCGGCAUUGCUUAUUUAUUUAUUUAUUUAUUUGCACCUAAUAUAUGUUCCCUUCCUUAUUCUCUACUCCAUCCAAUCCAAUCCAAUCCAGUUGGAUUGUUGGAAGCAAAUGCAAUGGGGAAAAACUCUAAAAUCAAUUCAAUCAAUCUCACCUUGACGUUCCUGCCCUGCACGAUGAGGCGCACCGAGGAGAGCGGCCCGUCCCACGCCAUCCGCACCGACACGCCGCGGCGCGGGG